AGGUGACCUCACAGGAGCCAGUGGUGAGCCAGGAGUCUUCCUGCUUUGUUUCACUGAAGGCAUUGCCAGAAAUAAACAUCAUGUUUACUUCCUGAUGUUCUUUGGAAAACCCACGUAAUCUAGCACAGGGAAAUCCAGAACAGCCCACUUGGGCAUUUCUGUGAAACACUAGAGACCCACACUGCCCUACCUAAAAGCAAUUAAGAAAUCUGGACUGUUAGAUGUUUUCUGAUGACGUUAGAAUAAAAUGAAUGGUGGUCCUGGAAAGUUCUAUGCUAAGACCAAGUUUCAGGUUCAAGCACUUACAAAUACAGUAAUACCUGCUAUAAGCAAAUCUUUUUUCCUAAGCUCUCAGAAACUUAGACUUUACCUUGGCAAAAACUCAGGAAGUGUUUUUGGUGGCACAGGGGAAAGAGGUGGAUGGAGGCAGCCGGUCUGGGGGGAGCACUGGUCAUUUACUAUAACUAUUAAAGCCAAUGCCAUAAGGAUCUGACCAAUUUCUGAAACACGAUGGAAGCAGGAGCAACAGGUGUCAGAUCAACACAGUGUGCAUCUGCAGGCUUUGGCAAAGAAGAGAAAAUCCCGAGUGUUAAAUGUUAACCUAGGAAUCCUGCUUCUGCUAAAAAGCAGCAAGCAGCUCUACUUGGACUCCAGUUCAGUUUCUUCACCUGUAAAAUGGGGAUAACAUCUACUUAAUAAGUUUUUUGCAGGAAAAAAAUGAAAUAUUAUCUGUAAGGUGUAUUAUGUGUAGUCAAUGGUAACUAUUGUUACAUUUGUUUAAAACAGAGUUACAGGACAUAUGAUUUGGGAAUUCCUUACAACAAGUGAAAGUGAAAGCAGUUUCUCUAAUAAACUCCAAGGGGUCACAAUGCUGCUUUCUUUUCUGAGUCCCCACAGAAAGCUUGCCUUUGCAAAUACCUAUGUGUGUAUUACCAGUCUGUGAGUCUGUGUCUGUCCUCCCAUACCACACCCCCCGCCCCAGACCGGGGAGGUAGGAGGAGGUGGUGGAUGGUCACUGUGGGCGGGGUGGCUGGGAUCACAAAUCAAGUUGGGCUGAGGGGAGAGGCUGUAUUAUCUGAACAUGUUCCCUCAUGUUAGCCCCAAGAAUUGCUACAAAGAACAGAGGAUGUCCUUCUCUAUGAAAUACAACUUCUGCUGGGAGGAUGGGACCAUUUCUGGACUUAAAAGAAUUGAAUGUCUUCAGAAUUGGUUUUAUUUGAGAAUAUAGGGAUUCAAGUGCUAAGGGAUGCUGCAGUUUUUUCUUUGGCUUGAGUUUUGGGCCUAACGUUGUCUGUUUAAGAAUGAAAGUAUUUAAAUAAAUUAAGCAUUAAAUAGAAUACAUAAGAGUCUUUUAUUGAAAUGUUGAUCAUCGAUAUGGCUCCAACCAUCCAUGUGUUCAGUUGCGGUGUGCGGCCCUUUCUCUUCGUGCCCCUCUCCUUCCUGAGGCCUUCUUAGAGGGACUCCUUGCUGUUUGGUCUGUUGUGUUGUGAAUUGCCAUUUAAGUUUUCUGUCUCAGGUGGCAAGGACCUGUGUGCCCCCGGUUUGGACAAACCUUCCCCAUCUAUGCGGUAGGUCUGAUGCAGAGGUUGCAGUCUGAUAUAACAGAAACGCAUUCCAUACAAAUUUUGAUAAAUGCUAGCAGUGAUUGGUUGAGCAUUUCUGAAAGGUAUGAAAUCAUUUAGUCCCUAUAUUUUGAUGCCAACCUUAAACAUAAAAAACUAAGGUUUAUCAUCCAAAUGAUAUAGCAAAUUAUAAUCUGAAAUGACAUUUGGCUUCCAAAUAUACUUAGCCAUAUGAAGAAGGAUCGAAUACUGUUUGAUAUUUAUGCUUUAAAAUUUUAUAUACAAUUUACAGUGAGCCUCUCAUCCACAUUUCAUAAUUCAAUAAAUGAGUGGAAUUGUGCAACCUGGAAUAGCAGUUAGAAAGCUGGCUGAGACAGGUCCUGGUUUAAUGUAACAGGAAGAUGUGUUAGGGACAGGAAACCCUGGGAAAGGGAACAGCAUGUUUAAAGUAACAAGAGUCAGGGAGGGUGAGGUUGGGGCAUGUGGUUAGGACUGGGCUUCUUUAAACCUCUAACAGCUGUGGUGAAGGAACCUGUGUGUUUGUUUUGCUUUCUUAACUUUCCAGUCGGUCAGAACCAACACUUUCAUACAAUCCAAUAACAAUGAAUUACUAGAAAUGCCAUCAUGUGAUAUAAAGGUCUCUAAGUGCUAACAUUCUAUUUCUGUACACGUCUCAUCAUGGACCAGUGAAAAGCAGUUCGCCGACAGACCACAGGCUGCCCAACACUCUGGGUAGCACUUGUAAGGAAUGGUCAGAGAUGAAACUCCAAAGAGGUCGGAGCUAGAUUGUCAAGAAUCUUGUACAUGUUUAAAGAAUUCCAAACUUUAUGCUCUCAAAAUUAGCAUAAAUUAUCUCAUUGAAUUUAUUUGCAUAGCAGGUUAACGUGCUUAAAACAUUUUUGCUGAAUAGUUGCUUGAUAAAACAUAUAUUUAAAAAUCUAUUCUGGCUUCUCAUAUAUGGGUUAGUGUCCCAUAAGUUGUUCAAUACAUUUUAUAUUUUAGAAAUAAAUAACCUUGUUUGUGGAAAAUUGGGUUUAUUUGGGUACAGGAACCCGUUUUAUCACCCAGGUUUCCCCAUUCUCGUUUCUCUGUCUUGUAUCUGUUAUCAUCUGAGAUGGCUGGAUUUUACAGCAGAUUUCUUAGGACACCAGAACUGUUCUGUGAGCCCACCUGCCUUUUGUUGUCCUGUGCCCUUAUGAUGUCAUUGCAGUCACCAGGUUUCAAGAUGCUGCGCGUACAUAGGACCAAACUGGGCAGGCUGGGGCUCAGCCUCUCCAGAGGGCUUCACCACAAGCCGGUGAUGGCCGUGAGGCGGGAGGAUGUGAACGCCUGGGAGAGGAGGGCACCUCUGGCUCCCCGGCACAUCAAAGGGAUCACCAACCUGGGUUACAAGGUCUUAAUACAGCCUUCCAAUCGGCGGGCCAUUCACGACAAGGAAUAUGUCAAGGCUGGUGGCAUCCUUCAGGAGGAUAUUUCUGAAGCUUGUCUAAUUUUGGGAGUUAAAAGACCCGCAGAGGAUAAAUUAAUGUCCAAGAAGACUUAUGCAUUUUUCUCCCACACAAUAAAAGCUCAGGAGGCCAAUAUGGGCCUAUUGGAUGAGAGUCUAAGACAGGGAAUCAGACUUAUUGAUUAUGAGAAAAUGGUGGAUCAUAGAGGAACUCGGGUUGUGGCAUUUGGACAAUGGGCCGGUGUGGCAGGGAUGAUCAACAUUUUACACGGAAUGGGUUUAAGGCUCCUUGCUUUGGGACAUCACACACCUUUUAUGCACAUUGGCAUGGCUCAUAACUAUAGGAACAGCAGUCAGGCUGUGCAAGCUGUCCGCGAUGCUGGCUAUGAAAUAUCUCUGGGUUUGAUGCCCAAGUCGAUAGGGCCCUUAACAUUUGUGUUCACAGGGACUGGUAAUGUAUCUAAGGGAGCCCAAGAAAUCUUUAAUGAACUACCCUGUGAAUACGUGGAACCACAUGAAUUAAAAGAAGUUUCCCAAAAUGGAGACCUGAGGAAAGUGUAUGGAACGGUGUUAAGUCGCCAUCAUCAUCUUGUCAGGAAAACAGAUGGUGUAUAUGAUCCUGUAGAAUACGACAAAUAUCCUGAGCACUACAGAAGUCGUUUUAACACUGAUAUUGCACCCUAUACAACUUGUCUGAUUAAUGGGAUCUACUGGGAACAAAACACCCCUCGUCUACUAACCCGCCAAGAUGUUCAGAUUCUCCUGGCUCCAAGCAAGACUUCAGCUGUUGGUGUGGAAGGCUGCCCUGCAUUGCCACACAAACUUGUAGCAAUAUGUGACAUUUCAGCAGACACUGGAGGAUCUAUAGAGUUUAUGACUGAGUGCACAACAAUAGAGCAUCCCUUCUGCAUGUAUGAUGCAGACCAGCAUAUCACUCAUGACAGCGUCGAAGGCUCUGGGAUUCUGAUGUGUUCCAUUGACAAUUUGCCAGCACAGCUUCCAAUUGAAGCUACAGAGUACUUUGGGGACAUGCUCUAUCCUUAUGUUGAAGAAAUGAUAUUAUCAGAUGCAACACAACCUCUUGAAAGUCAGAAUUUUUCUCCCGUGGUACGAGAUGCAGUGAUUACAUCCAACGGUACAUUGCCUGAUAAGUUUAAAUAUAUCCAGAAACUCCGAGAGAGCAGAGAAUAUUCUCAGUCGCUAUCAAUGGCCACCAAGAAAAAGGUCUUGGUCCUUGGAACUGGUUAUGUCUCUGAGCCUGUUUUGGAAUACCUGUCACGAGACCGUGAUAUAGAAAUAACCGUAGGCUCUGACCUAAAGAAUCAAAUUGAACAGUUAGGCAAGAAAUAUAAUAUUAAUCCUGUUGUCCUGGACAUUAGUAAACAAGAAGAGAAGUUGGGCUCCUUGGUGGCAACCCAGAAUCUUGUCAUCAGCUUGCUGCCUUAUGUAUUGCAUCCUCUUGUGGCAAAAGCAUGCAUCACAAGCAAAGUUAACAUGGUCACAGCGAGCUACAUCACACCGGCGCUAAAGGAAUUAGAAAAGAGUGUGGAAGAUGCUGGCAUCACUGUCAUCGGUGAACUGGGACUGGACCCGGGUCUUGAUCAUAUGCUGGCAAUGGAAACAAUAGAUAGAGCCAAAGAAGUGGGAGCCACGAUUGAAUCUUACAUUUCCUACUGUGGUGGGCUCCCAGCCCCUGAACAUUCAGACAACCCUUUGAGAUACAAGUUCAGCUGGAGUCCAGUGGGAGUUCUGAUGAACAUAAUGCAGCCUGCCACCUACCUGCUCAAUGGAAAGGUGGUGAACGUUGCCGGGGGCGUCUCCUUUCUUGAUGCGGUCACUCCCAUGGAUUAUUACCCUGGAUUAAAUUUGGAAGGCUAUCCCAACAGAGACAGUACAAAAUAUGCUGAGGUUUAUGGCAUUCAGUCUGCUCACACUUUGUUGCGGGGGACACUGAGAUAUAAGGGAUAUGCCAAAGCCUUGAAUGGAUUUGUAAAGUUGGGUCUUAUAAACAGAGAUGCAUUUCCCGCCCUUCGGCCCGAGGCCAAGCCCCUCACCUGGAAAGAGCUCCUUUGUGAUCUAGUUGGAAUUUCACCAUCCUCCAAGCAUGAUGUGCUUAGGGAAGCUGUCCUUAAGAAACUAGGAGGAGAUAGUACUCAGCUGGAGGCUGCUGAACGGUUGGGAUUACUUGGGGAUGAACAAGUCCCUCGGGCAGAGUCUGUGGUGGAUGCCCUUUCCAAGCAUUUGGCUAUGAAACUCUCCUAUGGUCCUGGAGAGAAAGAUAUGAUUGUGAUGAGAGACAGUUUUGGAAUCAGACAUCCUUCUGGACAUUUAGAAAAUAAGACUAUUGAUCUUGUGGUUUAUGGAGAUGUGAAUGGCUUUUCAGCCAUGGCUAAAACUGUGGGGUUACCCACUGCUAUGGCAGCCAAAAUGUUGCUUGAUGGUGAAAUUCAAGCUAAAGGCCUGAUUGGACCUUUUUCAAAGCAGAUCUAUGGACCAAUACUGGAGCGAAUUAAAGCAGAAGGCAUUAUUUAUACAACACAGAGCACAGUCAAAUCUUAAUUAAGAAUUAUAUUUUGUUUUUAUCUUCCUAUACAACACAGUUAUGAACAUUUGUGCCACAAACAUAUUUGCUACAGUACUAUUUUCAAAUAUAAAACAUGUGUUUUGAUUAAGUCACUACAAUGUGUUUUAAAAGAUAAAUCUUUUUUUCAUGUGAAAAUAUUUGGAACAGAACAUGCCAGUAAUUACCAGAGAACUUUAAUGUUCUAUAAUGUAUUUUUUUAUGUGUAUGUAAGAAUGAUAAUGAUUGUGCUAUUUGUUAAUUUAUUGUGCAACUGUUUUCCUACAAGAAUAUUUUUUACUAUACUCAGCAGAUGAAGUUUCAUCUUUUUAGAUGGGAAAUAUUUCCUCAACACCACAGAAAUAGAAAGGAUCAUGAGAGACUCCUACAAUCAUAUGCCAGCAAAUUGAAAACCUAAAGGAAGUGGAUAAAUAUUUAGAACCACCCACCCAAGACUGAAUAAUGAAGAAAUAGAAAAUCUGAAUAGACUUGAUUUCAAGUAAUACAAUUGAAUCAGUCAUUUUAAAAUUUCCCAAAGACAAAGUCCAGGAUCAUAUGGCUUUCCUGGUGAAUUCUGUCAAUAAUCUAAGAGUUAACACCUAUCUUUCUCAAAUUAUUCCAAAAAAUUAGAGAGGAAGGAAUACUUCCAAACUCAUAGGACUAGACUGACAGUCCAGAAAUAACCCUCACAUUCAUAGUUAACUGAUCUUUGAAAAGGGUGCUAAUACAAUUUGCUAGAUGAAAUUAGUCUUUUCACCAAAGGGUGCCGGGACAACUGAAUAUUCAUAUGCAGAGGACUGAAGUGGGCCUUUAUCUCACAGCACAUACAAAAAUUAAAGUGGACCAAAGGCUUAAAUAUAAAAGCAAACACUAUAAGCUUUUAGGAAAAAUUAGAAGUGUAAAAGUUUAUGACCUUGGUUUUAUGGCAAUGGUUUCUUAAGUAAAUGACAAUAAAAGCACAAGCAACAAAAGAAAAAAAUAGAUAAAUUGGACAUCAAUGGAAUUAAAAACUCUUGUGCUUCCAAGUAUACCAUCAAAUAAGCAAAAAGACAAUCCACAGAAUGAGAGAAAAUUUUGCAAAUCAUAUAUCAGGAAAGGGAAGAACUUGUAUUUAGAAUACAUAAACAACUACUAUACUCCAAUAAAAAGAGAAAGAUCCUAAUGUAAAAAAAUUAACAAAGGAUCUAAAUUGACAGUUCUCCAAAGAAGAUAAACAAAAGGCCAGUAAGUGCAUAAAAUGAUGCUCAACAUUAUUAGCUGUCAGAGAAAUGCAAAUCAAAUUCCUAAUGAGAUAGUACUUCAUACUCAUCAGGAUAGUUAUAAUAAAAAAGACAAAAACAGUGCUGCUGAGGAUGUAAAGAAAUUGGAACUUUCAUAAACUGCUAUGGGAAUGUAAAAUGGUACAGCUGUUUGGGAAAAUGGUUUAGCAAAAAGGUAAACAUAGUUACCGUAUCUAUCCAGCCACUGUUAGGUAUAUACCCAAGAGAAAUGAAAACAUGUGUUUUUAUGUAAAAACUUGUAAGCAAAUGUUUAUAGCAUAUUCAUUCUAGCCGAAAAUGAAAACAAGCCAAAUGUUGGUCAACUAAUAAAUCCAUAAACAAAAUGUGACAUAUACAUACAAUGGAAUAUUAUUUGGCAAUAAAAAUGUAUAGAUUAACAGUGGUUUAGGACUUCAGGUUUGCGGGAUGAGUUGGAGUGACGGCCAGUGGGUUUAGGUUCCGUUUUGGGGUGAUGGACAUAGUGUGCAAUUGAUUGUGAUAAUGGUGGCAUCUCUGAAUAUACUAAAAAAAAAUCACUGAGUUGUAUACUUUGUGUGAAUUGUAUGGGGUAUGAAUUAAAUCUCAAGUUGUUACAAAAGAGAAUCAAUUACAAAUAAAAUUUUUUGGCUCCUUGGGAAAAA